ACAUCAAGCUGAGCAAGACUAAGACAUAAUUGAAAUUGAAGUGGGUCUACACAGGCGACGACAGUGAAGUAUAGGGAUUGACAAGGCAGCCGACCAAAGACAGCGCCAAAGGAAGUGGGAGAGUACUGUAAGGCAAGAUGAAAAAGCUACCAAUGACAAUAUUGGCCAGCACAUUGCUAUUAUGGCACGCAGCAGCCAUGGCGGGACACAUAACUAAACGUAGCUACUCGGAUCAAAGCGUGCAUGGCUAUCAGGCGGAGCGCACCUGCUGGUGGAAUGAGGUGUGCAAAGAAGAAUUUCAAAAUCUCUUUCGCUGCAAGUGUCCACAAUUCUCAUACUGCCGCUCACCGGGACGCUAUUAUAAUGCGUAUUGUUCAAUGACUGACACCGGUUACAUAUGGACACAGCCAACAUGGGACUGGGUACCAUGAACAUCUUCAAACACCGGUUUACUGCCUACAUAUAUAUAAUAAAUAAAUAUAUAUAUAUAUUUAAGUGCUAAGCACACCUACACAUAUAAGUACAUAUGCAUGAAUAGUUACAUAUGUCUGUAGGCCCUAAAAUAAUCGGAAAAACGAACAAUGGUAGUCAUCAAAAAAUACAUAUAUAUGCAUACGUAUUUAUAUACAUAAAGUGCUUAAAGCACAUAUCUGCGUUAAAAUGGUGCUUUAAAUACCGACACAUACACAAAUAUAAGACUUAUAUGUAUGUAUAGUAUGUAUUAUACAAAU